GCUCGAUGUUUCUACUGACUAAGUACAUAAAUUUAUACGUUUUCACCAUAAAAAUACCCUUUUAGAUAAGAAUUUUCCCGUUUACUUCAGGUUUUCUACUUUUUACUGUUGACUUUCUGCUUUUUACUCUAGAUUGCAUUUUGAACCCAAUACCCCGCCAUAGUUUUGUACACAUGCAGUCCCUUAAAAUAUUCUUCCAGUGUUGUGUGUUCGGAUCAACAAACUCUCAAAAUAAUUUUCCAUUAUUUAAUUCGUCAGAACCAACAUUAACAUCAAUUGAAAAAACACGAUAAGAAUUAUAUUUAUUAUCAGGAAUUCAAUGCUUCAAAGUAAUCUAUAAUUUUCCCGCUAAAAUAAGCACUGUAUCUGGUUGAACACGUGUUCAUGCUGACACCCCCACAAUAAUCGACUCAACCCACGCACCUGCGCUCUAGUCAGAUUCUGACUGAUGAAUACAGUCGUAGCAGACGAAAAUAUUAAAAUGGAUAAAGACAGAUUUACAUUAUAUUAUUUCCCUACGUCGUAUUAUUCACAUAUGGUAAUAGUUGCUUUAUUGGAAAAGAAAGUCUCAUUUAAAGGAAAAAUAGUAAAUAUAUUAGAUGGGGGACAACUCUCGGCUGCAUUCCUUCGAUUAAAUAAGAAAGCGGAAGUUCCAGUUUUAAAAGAUGGUGACAAGGUGGUUGUCGAAUCAAAAGAUAUCGUUGAUUAUAUUGAUAAAGAAAUAAACACAGAACCCAGACUAGUUCCAGAUAAAACCAGUGAUGAAGGAAGUGAAGUAGAACGAGUACGUGGUAUAUUGGGAAGGGUGCCUAUUGAACUUCUGUCUUUCGGUUGUAUGUUUUAUCCAGAUGUUUCGGCAUCUGGUCUCAAACUUCCCAAAGCCUUCCAAAAAGAGAAGAAAGAGAUGGAGGAAGCCUUUAGUAGUUUUGCCACAACUUGUGCCGAACUUGCAGACAAACACCCGGAAUUGCGUGAUGCCUACUUAGCCAAGAAUCAAUAUUUUACCAAAAAGAUAGAAAUAUGUAGCGAUAGAGAUCGCGUUCAGAAAGCUGUUGAUGAUUUGGAGAAGAUUUUCGAUCAAAUGGAAUCGUUGUUAAAACAGAAUAAGAAAGAGGGUGUUGAAGACACUUGGUUGGUGGGUUCUAAUUUUACUGCGGCUGAUAUUUGCCUAGCGACAUUAGUCGGACGAAUUGUUCUCUUAGGGCUGGACCAAAAGUUUAUGUCACCAGAAAAGAGACCAGAACUGGUGAACUACUGGACGAGAGUAUCGGAGAGACCUAGUAUAAAGAAAACCAUUCUCGGAGCUUCAAAGGCUACAGCACAGUAUUUAUUGAAACAAAAAGCUAAAAUGGUUUUACCGAUAUUGGGAGGAUUGGCAACAGUUGGAAUCGCAGCAGGUGUGGCAGCGCUGUUGAUAGUAAAGAAAUUUAAAUAAUAAACAGGAUUGUAGUAAAAUACAUUAUUCCACUGUCCGGUAUCAUGAAUGGUACAUGAUUUAAUAAUCAGGAUUUACUCGUGCUUCGAAACUGUCAAUCAAAUGUAUUUAUCAAAAUCUAUAAUUACUCGUCUAAAAUAGGCCACCUGUUGCCAAAAUGAUUAAAAUACAGAUCUAUAUUUCGUUUUGAUUUUUAUACUUUCGAUGGCCUACACUACAUGAAGAUCUGACUGGUUGUAUUGGAAGGUUGCGUCAGAGGUCAUACCAGCAGCUUUUGACCCUAUGACGUUAGACAUUAGAUUAACCAAUCAGCAUUGAUGUUUCUAGUGGGUUACGCACAGUUCCUUGUAAGUCAUACCAAAGACUUGCCCUAAUCCCUCACAUCAUUCAGAACACAUCAAUGAUAACAACUCUUCCAGAUCCUAGUGUAGUAAAGACAAGUAAAACAGAAUUUUGAACUAUAAAAACGAAACGAAAUAGGAUCUGUGUUUAAAUCAGAUUGACCUAUCAAUGCCAAUCUAAUUCCAGCUUUGUCUAGUUGUACAGAUAGUGGCUGUUGUUGUGUCAGGCACUGAUAAUUUUUAAUACUUGUCCACCAACAAAAUUAAAAACAUCUGGUAGGCCUACAGUGGGCCUACUUUCCAUCAGGCCUAUUUUCUAUCCCACAUAAUAAAAGUCAUUGAACAUACAACACGCCCAGAAACAAUUAUACCUAAAGAAAUAUGAGGAAUGAAAUAGACGAAUUGAUUUGAACAAACUUUAGGUUUGUUGAUUAAAGGAGAAAAUAUAUAAAUAUAGAUGGAGACGGUUUGAAUUAUUAGUUUAAAGGCAGAUGGGUAAAUUAUGAAUUGUAAAACAUGUGGCACAGACAGUAUCACCUCAUUGGUUAGGUUGACCCCUACAUCUCACUGAUGUAGUUGACCCCUACACCUCACUGGUAUAGUCGACCCCUACACCUCACCGGUAUAGUCGACCCCUACACUUCAUUGGUAUAGUCGACCCCUACCCUAUACCUCUCUGGUAUAGUCGACCCCUACCCUACACCUCAUUGGUAUAGUCGACCCCUACCCUACACCUCAUUGGUAUAGUCGACCCCUACCCUACACCUCACUGGUGUAGUCGACCCCUACCUACACCCCUCUGGUAUAGUCGACCCCUACACCUCACUGAUGUAGUCGACCCCUACACUUCACUGAUGUAGUCAACCCCUACACCUCACCGGUAUAGUCGAUUCUUACAUCAGCAGUGUAGUGAAACCAUCAACUAAAUUAUCUACAGGUAUAUACCUUAAAUUCAAAUUAGUAUUUCACUCUUACUCUGAACUAUAAAACAAUUCGGGUUACAGAGCAGGACCAGAGCAGGACCAGAUUAUAUUGUACUCCGCUCCCUGACUGAUUAUAUCAUUGGGCCACAUGUCAGUAUGGUAGAUGGAUAUAUUUAUUCCGCACAAAGAUAAUAAAUAAAGUUAUAAAUUAUUAUUUUGCAACCCAGUCCAAACCCCCCCCCACCCUCCAUUAAUCCAAACCUGGUACAGAGCCAUCAAGCUGUGAGCAAACAGUUAAUAUGUUGGGUGAUGUGACCGGUGGUAUCAGUUUUAUACAGUCGUAGGUCCAUGGUAUGUUCCUCAUGUCUACCUGGAAAUUUAGGACCAUGGGCCUUAUUAAGAAACAUGUCUAGUCAUUUAGAUGGGAUAAAAAAAUAAGAUCACAUGUAUACGUUUGACGUGCACGUUAAAAAUCCCUGACAGUUGGAAAUGAAAUGAGAUGGGCUUUAACGUCCUACUGUUCAGCUCCUAAACUGGGCUAAUGAAGAAGGGCAUACGCCAUACAGUGUACUAUAGGGAAAUUUUGCCCGGGCAGCGGCACUAUCGCCUACUCUUAUAUCGAAUUCCAACAGCCAUGGGAUCUUUUACGUGCAUUCUAAUGUAUACACAGGACCUCGGUUUUUCGUCUCAUCCGAAAGACUAGACAGCUAUUCUUGUCAGGCCCUCCGUUCUGCACCACUGACAAGGUGAAACCACGUCGGAAAAUCUGGAUGAACUUUCUCGGCCAAUGCAGGGAUCGAACACCCGACCUCCAGGCUAGCGAUCCAGCGUCUUAACCACCUAGCCACCGUGGCUCAAUGACAGUUGGAAAUAGGAGUAUACCGUAGCACACUGUGUGGUGUAUGCCCAUCAUCGUUAUCCCAGUUGGUGCAGAAAAGUAGGAUGUUAACCAGGUCAUUCUAUCUACACAUGGUGCACUGACAGAGUGAGUGUCAUAUGACUAGUGACAAGGGGGGGAGGGGGUUGGAAAGUUCAUAGACUUACAGGUUUUAGGGACAAGUUAAAUUGUAAUUAGCAAUCAGGUGUGCAGAGUCCUGAACAUUUACAGAUUUUGUUUUAAAUUAUUGAAAAAAAUUUAGAUGUUCAUUCCAUUUAUGAUAAUAUAUUGGAUUUUACAUCGAACUUGAUCAAUUUUAUCUUAAAACUGUGGUGUAUAGUUAAUUAUGUUUCUUACCCACAGUGAAAUUAAUUGGCUUGAGAACUUAUUGUAGUGUCAAACAAAAGAGUUAAAAUUAUAGGUUUUGAUGUGCACGACACUUAAAACAAUUUUAUCAAUUGUCAUAAUCUAUAUAAAAUAAGGUAUUUUGAUAUUCUGGCCUCCCGAGUUCAUAAAACAUUAGUAAUUGUUCCACCAUAUGUAUGUGUUAUUAUUUAUAUACUGUAUUUGAACAUUAGCUGUGGGGAAACACACUCUAUGUGUAAAGGGAUUUUAAAUAGGUUUGUAUGAUAUAUAUAUAUAUAUAUAAAUAUUA